UGCUUUCACCACUCCUAUUUAACAUCUACAUGAAACCGCUGGAUGAGAUCAUCCAGCACCAUGGGAUGAGGUAUCUAUCAGUAUACCCAAUUAUACACCUCCAUCCUGGGUGACCUAAGAGUUGCUGUGACUACCCUCUCACGGUGCCUGGAGGCUGUAGGGGCCUGGAUGGAGACCAACAGGCUUCAACUGAACCCUGCAGCCCUCUAAGUCACGGCCAUGACCAGAUUAUCCACAGUCCCCAAGGGAGCCGCUUGGCCCGAGAGCCUCCAGAUUCCCUGUUGUUGUUCAGUCCUGAAGUCGUGUCCGACUCUUCGGGAUUCCCUAGCAGAUCAGAAUCGUAACUCCUGGGCAGCAGAAGAUCAAGAUCUUCCUCCUCCAAGCUGUCCGACGACAGAUGCCUCUACAACAGGAGGAGAGCCUGAAGAUGGCUCCGGAACAGAGUCACCAGGUCUGAACAAACUUUCUGGGCAGCCUCCUAUUUUAAAUCUCCCUGCUCAGCAAACCCCAGGCAAUGCGAGCAGCCAAAGCUACCUCCCUCCAGGAGCUUCAUACACACCCAAUAUUCUAGGAGAAGAACCAGGGCUUCCCCUUUCAGCAGUCCGUGAACCUCCUGAGUCUGCGUGGAAGAGUGAGGAUCCCCCCCAGAAUUUUUAUGCACCACUCCCACCUCCCGACAGAAAUCCUGCGACCGGUCCCAUGGAGCGUCCCCACCUCCGAUAUUUGCCCUGCCUUCAGCUGCCACAGAAGCAGCCACAAGAACGCAGAGCCAACCGGCCCACCUCUCUGCAGGAUAAGAGCUCCCUGUACAACCAUGGAACCCUGGGCCUCAUCCCUUCAGGAGAGAGAAAUCCAACUCCCCGGCCGGGCAGGUCUGCCCCUGUGUUGCCAUCACCAACCAGCCAAGUGGUUUUGGGCCUCAAAGAGGUGGAACCUCACAUCUCUCAGACCUCAGUUCCAGCAGGACCAGCAAGACCCAGCAGUGGGGACGCCUCACCUGCAGACCCCAAAGUGUACUCCAGGAAACUUAGUCCUACAGGACUUCAGUGCAAUGCUAGCAGGGGCUCUUCUGGGAUGUCUCCACCAAUAACCCGAAGAGGCUUUGAGAUGGAUGUUCAAGCUGAGCCCGAGAAGAAACAUUACCCAUCUCCUUCUUGCUCAGAAAAUGAAGGAACUCUGUUACUGGCUUACAUCGAUGAAUUUCACGUGCAACAAGAGGUCCUGAUUGAGUUGGUCGAUAUGCAGACAGCAGAAGGCAUUGUGUUCCAACAAAGCCCUUCUAAAUUCUUCUUUCCGGACAAUGCUGCGGGAGCUGGCUUAUCCCGGCGUGAUGGAGACCAGUCCCAGGAUCUCCCACGUUUGGCCACUGGCACUCUGGGAAUUGCAAGCUCUACUGAGGCUGAUGUGGAUCCUUUAAGGAGCAAGCUACCACCAAUGCCCACAUCACGAGGCAAAGGAGAGGUUAUUGGUCUCUGCAGGUCUCAUAAGGACCUUAAAAACGUUACAAGAGGCCAGCAUUCAGACUCCUUGACUGCACGUCCUGCUACCAAACAGCCUGAUGAAACAUCUGCGGAGACCAGACCUGAUUAUAGCUUGUUUGUACUAGGAACGAAGGUCAAAAUGUCAGGAAGAGUUGUUGCCCCAGGAAGAAAUCACCAGGAAAAGAAGCAGGAUGCAGCCACUAUGAAAACCUCGGGAGACAAGAAAUCCCACAAUCGUGAAAGGAACAGGGUGAGAAGAAGCUGAAGAACUUUGAGGAGGCACCUGGGGAAAUACCUAAAAGAAAGAUUGCCAGGCCUGGGUCCCCCCCCAUCUUUAGGUAAAAGCUCCAGGAUCAGCGUGAUGACAGGGCACAGCGGUCAAGCCACCCAUAUUCUGUCUUCAGAUUCAACAGUGGACCCUACAUUAUCUAAGGUGAAAGGGAAAAGGAAAACAGCUUUAGCUGAACAAGAGCCUUCACCCAAAAUGUCCCAAAUAACCUUGGAGAUACCUAUAUGCAAACCACCUCAUCUGCACAGGGAAAGAAACAGCUUGGAAUCUGAGGACAGGCAGAUGAGUCGAAAGAAGGAGCAGAAGAACACUAAGGGCAACGUGUCCUCCGAGACUCGGGGAAAAGAGCAGCUUCUCCAAAAGAGAGAUGAGCCCUGGAAAAGAAUCCGUGCAACGGCAGCAGCAGAUGCCUCCAGAACCAAAAGCAUCCCUUGCCUUCUGGAACCUCUUCCAACUCUUACUCAGGCAAAGAUGCAUUGGGAAGUUCUCACCAUCCCUGAGGACACAAAGGCCUUCCUUCCUGAACUUCCACUGCAAGGGCCAAGCAAACUGCAUGGAGACCAGACUUCCAGACAUCUAAAGAUGGGCCAAGACUCUUCGGUGUUAGGGAAGAUUCAGUCGAAAACACUAUAUAAAGAGAAAGCCAGGAUGAACGUGAGCCUAUCUGGGAUGAAGAGCAAAAAGCGCUACCCCAAAACAGAAGCAGAAGAAGCACCGAAGCCAGUCCCGAGGACCAACUUGGCUUUUCAAAUGAUGGAGUCUGUACAAGUGUUGUAUUCGCUGGGGAAGAGCAACAUUUCAUCUAGGGCAAUAAAGAAAGUCAGUUCAGUUCCAUCAGACAAUGCUUUGUCCGAGCCACCAGCACACCAUUUGUCCAAACUAACUUCCUACCCCAUGCCUAAGCCUCAAGACCAACAGCCGCCUAAGCCAGCUUCACGUCUUCCUCGACAGAAACUGCCAGUAAUUUCUGUCCCUACUCAACAGCUGACUUUAGAUCUGCCAGAUCAAGACCCAAAGCCAGCGUGGAAGCAGUCGCCCCUUGCUCCAAUCCCACCCGCCACAAAGCCAUUGGAUUCUCAGCUCCUGCACACCAAGACCAGGAAAACAAAGGCUUUUAGAAAAGCAACCAGUCUGGCCUAGGCCGGUAUCCAGCCAAAUGAAAAGUCAACAGCCAUCAAAGCCUCUCCUUUGCUUCAGGAUCCCUCUUCAUCUCCCCCAUAUAAAGGGGCAACAUUAUCCCUUGGAGAACGCCACCUCAAGACCUGGAGGCCUCAGAACCACUCUCAGAGAAGCAAAGGCCCCUUCGGGAGAAGAUGAAGCAAGAAGCACAGAUGGAAAGAGAGCAGGCAGCCCGCUGGACCUCAGCAAGGAGAAUUAAAGCCUUUUUGGAGCGGGAGAGAGAAAUGGAUAUCUCUUUACAGUUUGGUCACCCAAAGUUUGGGUGUUCUUGGCAAUAGACCACUUCAGUCUUUCCCUCUGGAAGAUUCUGGGCAGGGAGCUUAAUGCAAAUUCAAGAGUUAUUUGUUGUAGAGUUUUUGUAUAUAUUGCUUGUAUACAGUUUUCUUUUAAAUAAGUAUUUGUAAAAUAUUUUAUAUUUCCAGUUAAUUUUAUUUUACAGUAUUUUUAAUGGACUAUUUUUUAAAGUUAGUUUUUUUAUGCCUUCAUUAAAUGCCUUCAAUACCCCAAAACAGAAGCCACUGUUAAUUAAAAGUGGAAACAUCUCUCUGUUUUGGGGUGAUUCAUUUACUAUAGUAGACAUCAUUUGGGGGGAGACACAAAACAGAAGGCUUAAAAACAUAGAAAAGGCCCAGCGGGAUCAGGUCGAGGUCCAUAUUAAUCCAGCCUUUGGCUUCUCACCCCAACCAAACGCCUUUGCAAGCUGGAGCUCCAUCAACUUUGGCCACUAUUUCCCUGCAACUGGUAUUUGGAGGCCAGCAGCUUCUGACUCGGAGUCUUCAAGACCAUUGUGCCAGAAACAAAAGGAAAAGCAAACAGCCUGUACAUGAGUUGUGAAAAAGAAGGGGUGAACUGCUAACAGGCUGUGGUGAGAAGCAGAACUUCUUAUCUCCCUUUUUGAAUCUGUCUU